AUGUCUUACCAACAGCAGCCCUGCAAGCAGCCCUGCCAGCCUCCUCUUCCUUUUCCUCCAAAGUGUCCUGAGCCUCAUCCUCCUCCAAAGUGCCCUGAGCCUUGUCCUCCCCUAAAGUGCCCAGAGCCUUGUCCUGAGCCAUGUCCCCCUCCCUCAUACCAGCAGAAAUGCUCUCCUGUGCCACUGUCUCCACCAUGCCAACAGAAGUGUCCACCCAAGAGCAAGUGA